UGGGUUGUUGGACUCUAAACAUAAGCUGUUAGCGGCGUAGAUGCACUGCAGCAGACUUUGAGCUCGUCUCUGUGGCUGCUCACAGCUUUCAAUUCGCAGAAGGAAAAAUUCUUGCUUUGGGGGUAUUUCUCUGUCUCUUUUCUGGAAGGAACGGAGAAGGGAUUCAGUGAUUGUAUUCGUGGAUUGUUUCUGUCAAUGCCCAGUGAGAUUAGUUUCCACAUUUGAUACGCCAUGACUCGCGGUAUGUGGUUACGCCGCUCUACAAGCAGAGCCAGGGUACCGAAGAGGAGGAAGAUGGCUGACGACCAAGAAGCAAGUACUAGCAGUGCUGCUCCUCCAAAGAAGCGCUCCUCCCCGGCCAAGUCCGAUAGUCCGCAGCGCAGCAGCCCCAAUGUGAAGCGUAAGCGCACGCAAGCGGACCGCUACCAGUCCGAUGUGGUGGAGGCCUUCUCCAAGCCCAUCAAGACGAGGACCCCUGCAUCGGCCAAGAAGGAGGUCUACUUUGGAAAGGGCGCCUAUCUGGCUGUCAGAAGUGAAGGUGGUUACUUCUUGUGCCAAUCCUUGAAGAUUGUCUACGAUGUCAGCCGCAAGCUGGCCAUCCAAUGGCUUGAGGAGACCAAGCCGGGCAUCUACAAGAUGUCCUUCCUUGACUUUGUGGACCGAGACAGCGUCCUGACCCAGGUCCAGCUCAGGCCGGCCGGAGAGAAGGGACUCAAGAAGCUGCCAGACGCUGAGAUCACCAGGAUCGAUGAGAUCGUCAAUAUCUCGGUCAAGAAAGAAAAAGGACAACUCACUGAAGCCGACGGUCGUGCCUCUCUAGAUGAACUCUCGGAGCAGAUUGCUAACUCUAAAGGGAGGAAGAAAAAAGAUGUGACCACCACCCCAACCAGACCCAAACAGACCCCCAACCGCAGGAGGAAGGUUCCAACCAAGACAAGAACAAUUGCUUCCAAGAUUCUCAAGAGUGCCAGGGAUAGAUCUUCUGGGAGGAAGAAGGCUGCUACAAAAGCAGCAAAGAAAAAAGCCGUCCCCAAGGGCAGAGCUGCGAAGAAAAAGGAGGAAAAGGUCAGCAAAGGACGGGUCAAGUUAGACCCCAACAGGAAACUUGUCCCUAACACAAAGAUAGAACUGGUCAACAAAGAUCCCAUGUUUGAGGUCAAAAAUGAGAACAGCAUGCCUGAAGUGUCCAAGGUGGUCCAGUGCAAGCGAGCCAUCCGAGCUGUCAUCACCAACGACAUGCAACUCCUCAAACAGCUCCUGACAGACACCAAGCGAGUGCCUUCGGUCUUCCUUCAGAGAAGUGUUGCUGUGCAGGAGACUGCUCUAGGAUAUGCCAUCAAGGCUAACAGUCAUCCAUUCAUUCGGGCAUUCCUGACUGAGCUGAAGAAUAAUCCAAGCCGUUGUGAGAUGCCUGUUCACAGUCUUCGAAAGGAAAACACUGGCAGUUACAACUACAUGAGUCUUGGGCAUGCCGUACGGGCCAUCAAUGUAUCACGAGGAGGACGAGAGGGACAGGAUGCAUUCCUCAAGGACAGCUUAGCCAGAAAUGAAAGCGAUUCAAGCAUUGCUCAUAAACUGGUUGAUUGCGAUGUCACUCUCGCCACAAUGGAUCUUAUAUGUAAAGAGAGGCGGGGUGUGAAGAAUGUUAUAGCGGGUCAACUGAUGAAGCUGGUUGGAAGAGGAAACAGGAAGGUUGCCGGGGAACUCUUCAAACGAGGUGAAGAAGAAGGUGGAUGCGGCUUCAAUAGAAUGCAUUCAGAGGUGUUGCUGUGUGACAAACCAGAAGAGCUCACACCAUUCAAGGCAGUCUCUGUCAAGAAAAAACCACAUAAUUGUGACAGGAUUAUGCCAAUCCAUUGCGCUGCCAUCAACCCUAACCCUAAGAUGCUGGAGAAGCUGCUUAAUGCUGUGCCAGAGUUGAACCUUGCUGAUUACAAGGGUAGGAAGAUCAUCCACUACGCUGCUGCCUGUACAGGGUCUGGACCUCUAGAACUUCUCAUUCAGAGGUCGGCGUUUGCAGACGAUACAGAUAACCAAGGGAACACACCUCUUAUGGUUGCAGCUUCGCUCAACAGAACACAGAACAUUGAGGUCCUUAUGAAGAAACUCAAAGGAGAUGAAAAGGGUGGAGUAUUCCGUAGAAACACAUUUGGUCAGACUCCCCUUCAUUAUGCUGCAGAGAAGGGACAUAAUGAUGCCGUACGGGCACUCCUCAAGCAUGGCGCAAACCUCCAAGCACCCUUAUCAGCUGGCAAGAACAAACUCACCCCAUUCAUGGUAGCGUGUGAACGAGGUCACAUCCAGACCGUUAAGAUCAUGGCUGACCAUGGGGCCAUACUUGACCAGAGGGAUAAGCUGAAGCGGACAGCUCUGAUGCUGGCUGCCAUGAAUGGGCACGUCCCCGUCGCUGCAUUCCUGCUCCGUAAAGGAUGUGACCCCAAUGCCAGUGACUCGUCUGGGAAUACCCCUCUCCACUACGCCUCUGCCUAUGGCUGGUGGUUUGUACUCAGGCUGCUCCUCUCCGCCAAUGCAGACCCUAACGCACUCAACGAUUGGAAAGUACCACCCCUGGCCAUUGCCUUCAUGAAGGGUCACGUUGGAUGUGCUGAUCUUCUCUUGGAAGACUCCAAUGCCGAUGUGAACUUCCGCGAUGCAGACGGCUGGACGAUCGUGAUGCUGACCGUGAGCCAGCUGACCCCAGAGAUGUGGGAGCAGCUCAAGUACCUGGUGGAGGAGAAGAACGCAAGUGUGACCCUCAAGGAUGCCAAUGAUUGGACAGCUCUUCAUCAUCUGGCUGCUGCACAGUUCCACGAGGGUAAUGCUGCCAAGCGGGAUGAGAGGAAGAAAAUCAGUAUCGACAUGGCAACCUUCCUCAUCUCCAAAGGAUGUGAUAUCCAUGCCAAGACGGCUGAUGGAGAAACAGCCCUUGAUAUUGCAAUCAAAAGGAAUCAAAUCAAUGCUGAGAUGGUGAAGUUCUUGCUGGAGAAAGGCAGCAAGCUGACCAAUUUCACCAAUGAAAAGAAUGAGAACCUCCUUCAUCUGAUGGCCCAACGCUGCACCGGCAGUGAUCAGAUUGAACUCUUAAAGAUUGUGGUGGACAACAUGAAAAAUGUGUCUUCUACUGAUGACAAACUUGCAAAUGACACUGAUGCACAGACCCCAGCAGCAGCCCAGUCCAAUGCUUUCAUCAAGCAGCUUGCCAAAGCCAGAGACUCAGCAGGUUACACUCCACUCCUCAGAUGGGCAGUUACUUACUACAACGCAUUUAGGAAUAACGAUCAACUUGAAAGAGGCAGAGCCUUCUUAAAGCUUUUGCUUGAACUCUCUGAUUCAGACAUCAAUGCCAGAAUACUAACAAAAGAGAACAGAAAGGAUGUUCAUGCUGAGAAGACUGUGAUUCUCCUGCUGUGUGAAAUGAAGGAGAGGCCAGGUGAUACCCCAUUCCCGGCCCUAGACAUUAUCCUUUCCUACAAACCUGACAUCAACGUACGGAAUAAAGAAGGACAUACACCUCUCCUCCACGCUGUAAAGGCUGGCAAAAUCAAGCUUGUACAGAAACUUGUGAAAGAAGGAGCUGAUGUUAAUCUGAAAUCCCAGGAGAAGGAUAAUGACAAGCUGGCCACGCCCCUGAAUCUUGCCAUGAGGGACGGUCAUUUUGAUUUGGUAGAUAUCCUAGCCAACGCAUCCACUGUGAAUACUCCCAAUGAACCCAACAAGCUCACACCUCUUCACUAUGCUGCCAUGUCACAUCACAAUAAUAGCCUGGUGAUCUGUCAGGUCAUGAAGAAGCUGCUGGACAAGGGAGCUAAGAUCCAGGCCAGAGACUGGAAGGGUAGGACACCCCUGCACUAUGCAUGCAAGACCUACAUCGAUGACAGGGAUCCAAGCACCGAUGCCCUGGAGCUCCUCCUAGACAACAAGGCUGAUGUCUUUGCAGAAGACAAGGAAGGAAGACUGCCACUACACUACCUCUUCUUCAAUCUGGAUAAUGCCAACGACAAUUCAGAAAUUGAUCCUAUUCAGGCGGUGAGUCUGCUGAAAGAUUCAAUGAGGAAACAGAAGAUAGGACACCCAGACAAGCAAGGUCAGACACCUAUCCAUGCUGCAGCACUCAGAGGGGCUAUCAUCUCACUCAUGGACCUUGCUGAGUGUGUAAGCAGCACGGAUAUGAAAGACUCUGUCGGAAACACUCCACUCUCCAUGGCAUGUAUGGGAGAGCACAUCAGUGUUGUGAUCUUCCUCCUGCAACAAGGAGCCAACAUCUCAGCCACCGUGACCCCCCUAGAGCCCCACAAAGACGAAGAGGUGGAGAAGGCCAGGAAGAAGAAGGAGGAAGAGGAGGAGAAGAAGAAGGAGCACUUCUGGGUGUGGAAGCCACUCCAAGAUAAGAGGAAGGGCAAGAAGGAGAUGCCAACCAUCGCAGAGACCCUCUUCAGGAGGGUGGUGAAGAAUGGAUGGCAGGGGAUUCUCUUCCUGCUCAUGGGCAGACUGGAGAAGUUCAAGGUCCCUUACAUCACACCUAUCAAGGCAGCAAUUGAGGAGCACAGGUUUCAGAUGGCACUGAACCUGAUCUCCAAGUCUAGGGGACACAAAGUCGAUGGUUUGGCUGCUAAGCAACAGAACCUCCUCCACAUCCUGGCCAUGCAGCGUACGGAUAAGCUUUGUACCAAGGUUGCAGAGAAGCUCCUUUCAAAGGGAGUAAGUCUAAGCUACGACCAGUUCAAAUGCACACCUCUAACAUAUGCCGUCCUUUCCGAAAACCUUGGGGUUGCAAAGCUCUUGUGGGAUCAUAUGAAGCCACAAGACAGCAAACAGGCGCUGACCAGUACUGAUGUGAAGGGCCGAAGCCUGCUAGCUACAGCUUUCUGGAGGCGUGAUAAGUUUGACACAGAUCUAGUCGGCUGGCUAGUGGAGAUUGGGGCCUCCCUCAACGUUUCCUUCCCCGUUCCCCUGUGGGAGCUUGAGGGGGCGGGGGCGGAAAGCAUCGAUGCCGACAAGCUAGAGGAGUGGUUCCAUCACCGUGACGACCACCCUGUGGGCCACCUCACCCCUCUCCUGGCUGCUCUGAGAGUGGGAGACUUUGUUCAGGUGAAGUUCCUGCUCACCAAAGGAGCAGACCUUAACUUCCCUGGAAAGGACACGCUCACACCUCUCAUGUGUGCUGUCAGGAGGAACAAAAUCAAACUUGUGAAGCUUCUUCUGAACUAUGACUAUAACCCUGCCACUGAUAACACCUCGGGCCCAUCGGCUAAGAAGACUACCGCAGGUACUGGCUUUAAGUCACUUGGUUCCUUCGGGGUCAAGCAGUGGAAAUCUGGAGGUAAUGCUCUCACCAAUGGAGAUGACAGCGAUAUGGAGGACGAGGAUGGGGACGAGGAUGAGGAUGAUGAGGAGAACGAAGAUGAUGAGGAGAACGAAGAUGAGGAUGAAGAUGCAGACAUGGAUGAAGAUGCAGACAUGGAUGAGAACGGUGAUGGAGAGGAUGAUGAUGAGGAGGAGGAGGACAUGGAUCAUGAUGGAAGCCAGGAGAAUGGAGAAGUCACAAAAGAUGACAAAGCAAAGAAAGAUGAACCAGCAAAGGUGGAGCCAUUCAACAAGACCAGUAAUGUCGACCUGUCAGCAAAGGACUCUAGAGGGCGCACUGUCAUCCAUCACAUGAUGCGUACUUGUGACUAUGGCACUUACCAGAACGAGGCCAUGCUGAAGCUGUUCCAUGAGUUGGGGGUUCCCCUUGAUACCAAGGACAGCGAAGGGAAGUCCCCACUGGACUAUGCUUUGGAAGCGGGCUCAUACAUCAUGGCAGAGCUGUUACAGAGUUUGCAGGGCAUCAAGAAACCUCAGAUGCAAACUCCUACCUUGAAGAAGAGUACUUGGACAGACGGCUAUAACUGGGCACGGGAGCCCGUCUACUUCAGGGACGAUGCCAAGGCACUGCUCACCAAAGUCAAAGAGGAGAAUGAGAAGAACCUAGAGGACCUGCCAAAGUACCCCAAACCAAAGGUUGACGAAGAUAGUCAGGUCAAGGAAGCCGGUGAGGUGUUGAUGGAUACAGAACAAGACAUUCCAUAUGAUCUAUUGAUGACCAAAACUGAUAUUCGAUACGGCCAGUACGGCAUGAAUAACUUCUACAAGAUGCAGGUUAUCUUUGCCAAAGGGAAAGACAUGUACAUAUUGCUGACGAGAUGGGGGCGUAUCGGGGACUCGGGCCAGUUCCAACGAACCCCCUUCGGCACCAAAGAGGAUGCCGUGACAGAGUUCUGCAAGAUCUUCAAGGCGAAGAGUGGCAAUGCAUGGUCCCAGGUCAAAGAGUUCUCCAAGCAUCCUGGGAAGUACAACCUGGUCAGAACAGACCCCUACUUUGAUAGGAGAACCGUGAAGAAUGUAGAGUUUAACCUCAAGUCAGAGAAACCAUCCAAACUGCACCCAGGGACACAGCAGUUACUUCAAACACUCACUUCACCAGGCAUGUUGAAACAUGCAAUGAAGGACUGCGGAGCAUCAGAGAAAUUCCUUCCCUUUGGCCACUUACAAAGGGAUGUCUUAGACCAAGCAUCUAAAAAACUACAAGCAAUUCAGGAACUCAUCAAGAAGUUAGAGAAGACUGCAGCUGUUAAUCAAAAGAUUGAAAUAUAUGACAAGAUGGCUUCAUUGAGUUCCGACUUCUACAUGCUGGUACCCAACGACUCCUUCACCCACCAGGGCAUGGAGCCUAUCAAUGAUGCAGACACUGUACAAACCUUGAUGCAGAAUCUAGCUGAUAUGGCAGACUUGGAGCUGACCGGCAACUUCAUGCUCGGUGCACAGCAUAGGGUCUCAGAUGUGAACCCAUUGGACUACAUCUAUCGCUGCUUGGACUGUGAGAUCGAGCCUCUGGCCGAGGAUGAUGUCAUGGCCCAGCUUAUUCUACAGCAGAUUCACAAGACAAAGGAAUAUCAUGAUGUGAAUGUGCAGAGGAUCUACAGAGUGAGGAGGAAAGGGGACGAAGAUGCCCUAGCAUCAUGUAAGCUUGACAACCAUAAAUUGCUAUGGCAUGGGACUAAGCCCUUCAACAUCCUCAGUAUUCUCAGGCGAGGCUUGCUGGUGACACCUAUCGGAGUACCUAUAACAGGCCAGCGAUAUGGAAAUGGUAUAUACCAUGCUGACAUGUUUACCAAGAGUUAUGAUUAUGCUGAUUAUGAUUAUGGUGACGGCUAUGGUGAAGACUUCAAAAGUCAUUUCCUCUUUGUCGAUGAGGUUGCACUGGGUAACAUGCAGAAGGAGGAGACGGUUGCGUUGAAGAAGGGAUUUAACAGUUACAAGAGUGCUGGGAAUGAAGAACCAGACGCGACUCAAGACCUUCUUCUUCCUACAGGUGCCGUUUUUCCUCUGGGGACCCCAAAACGCGUCCCUAAGUCCCCUGGGUGGGGUCUAAACGAGUUUGUGGUCUACAAGGAGAACCAGGUCUGUCUUCGAUAUCUGGUCCAGAUAAAGGCUUAGACCAAGCUACAAUGGAACUGUAUCUACUCAACCGAAGGAUGUUUUACUUCAGGUCGAUUUGGGGAACUGAUCCCAUAGUUGAACUGGGCCUGUAUUCAAACUUGUGAAAUAAUACUUUUGAAUGUAGUUUUUUCUGAUGAGUAGCAAUGAAGGAUCCUUAAACAGCUGACUUGAUUUGUGUCUGCAGUAGAAAUUGGGAACAUGUUCAUACACGAAGGGAAUGUAGGUUGUUCAAGAAAUACAAGUAUUAACAAAUAUUUUUGGUAACAUACAUGGAAUCAUGUGCAUUAAUUGAAAUAUUUAGAUUUGUAAGACGACACCAAGCUGCUAUUUGGUGAGAACAAAUAUGAAAUAAACCAGAGCUAGGACUUUUGGAACCUCGAGUUAAAAAAAAAAAAAUCUCAUUGUAUUUUGUUGAUCAAUCACCAGGCUGGGAGAUCAGUAGGCACAUGAAAGAAUAAACAUGGAAGCAGCACAGGAAUCAAAUAAAUGAUCGCAUUCUGUUUCUUUUACAAAAGUAUGAACAAAAUAGACAAGAGUUCUAAAGAAAUGAAAAUGUAGGACUCAAUCUGAAACAAUAAGACACGUGUAGAUCUGUAGAAGGUAUGGAACAGUGGUAACUUUUACUGCGUGUACAGUGUAAUUAUGGUUUGUUCAAUAUAUCAACUUUCAACAUUUUGCCAGUAAUGUGAAAGUUUAUUAGAGUAAAUUUGUAGAUUCCAGUAUUAGGUACAGAAAAGAAAAAGAAGAAAAAUCUGUUUCAGCUUUCAACUUGUAGAUUUACUGUGGGCAAGGACAUGGGCAAGUAACUACCCAAGUCAAUUGCCAUUGUUCACUUGUUGUGACCUUAUUUAUAGCUUGCGUUUUAGUGUAUGGUGCUGUAGUACUUUUGCAGUAGUGUUUUUGCAAUAGGAUUUUAUUGAAAUUUUAAAAUUAGGCGGCAUAAUUAAUGUAAUGGUCAAUUUUUCAAUGCCUUUAGGAGUCUCGCAUUUGGAUUUAUAAUGUAUGUAAAUAAGCUUUGCAUGAAUUUUUAGUAAUUUGUAUUGUUUUUAGCCAGGCAGUGAGUUUUGUUGUAGAUUAUUGAGUUUUGCCAAUGAAUCAUCCACUUUUUGUACAUGUUUAGAGGAAGAAGAAUUGCAUUAAAAUCAGAAUGAAGACUGCAGAUUUUGGGAGGUCAAUUUUUUUUUUAAAGAAAGAAGAAAAGGUUGUACAUAGUUAUAUUUUUCUUGGAACAAUUUUCUGAGUGGACUAUGUACAUGUUUCAGGCUUAACAUUAUUCCAUAUCAUUGCAACGAGUCGGCGUGAAGAGAAAAUUUUCAUUUUGAUGUUCAACUCUACUGGUGUUGUACUAAACUGUACUAUUUUACCUCCCAUUUUGAAGAAAAAAAAACCUGGAAUAUGAACCACAUGUGAAAUAGUCAGCUAGAUGGUUACUUUAUAAGUAUUGAAAAUGAAAUGCAACUCUUCUACCCAAGCACAAUUAGUCAUUGACACAACUCUUAUCGCUCUACAGAACAAAACCAUUGUGAAUUCUGCGAUGAACAUGCCUAUUAGCUGGCAACCCUUUUUAUGUGUAGAUAAAUCAUGUUUCAUAAUUUCAGUAAUAAGUCCUUCAAGUGCAUUUCAGACUCUCUGGUACAUGAUUAGGUCAGAUAUGUGAACAUAAAACUUUCACAUUUUAAAAUCAUGCAUUUGAUUUGAUCUUUAAAAAAAAUGUUUGUAUAUACUUAGGUAAAUGUUUUUUAAUUGAUUUGUUUUUUUAUUCAAAUGUCCUGCCAUUUAAACAAAAUUUAAGGUUGUAAAUCAUGAUUGUGUGAAUUUAAAGUAACUCUGCCAAUGUAAAUGAUCAUGAGGUGUAUAAUUUAGUCAGAAUGCUUAUGUAUUGGAACAUCUCCCAUAUUGUGAUUAUGCUUGUUUAAAUUUGAAUUUCCAAUGUAAUUUCAACAAUGCAUUCUAAAUGCGUCUCUUUAGUAGGUUCAAUGAAAAUGAAACGAAUGCAAUAUGAACAACAGUUUGUAAUUUUGCAUGUUUAACUUUUCAAUUUUGAGAUUUCUUAACAAAUUAACUAAGUGACACUCUGAAUGGAACAGUGACGUAGUAAACAGUUUUGGGGAAUACCUUGCUGGGUGCAUUUGGUCGCAACAGAUCAUGCCUCUGUAUAUUGAACACAUUUAGUUGUAGAUCUUGCUUGCUGUCGAGGCACAUUAUGAGGAUCUCUUGGCCAAUUAAGUUAAAUAAUUGCCUUUAUUGAGGGAAAAGUAAGGAUUACGAGGCGAUUUAAUUAUCACAGGUAUGCCUUAGGCUUAUAGAACACUGUUGCAUUGAUAUUGUUACACAACCAAGACUUUCUUCAUAAGUUUAUACUUUCCCCCUUUGGGUUUGUAUGUAGAGAUUCUUUUGUAAAUGAUUAGUUGAAUGUUGUUUUAAUGUUUCUGCAAUCCAUACAUGGAUUUUCGUCUGCCAUUAAGUUUUAAUUUGUCUGAAACCUGAACAAAGGAUGUUCCUACCAUUAUGUUGAGUUAUGGAAGAUUUGCCUAGCAUCAAAAAGUUCUGGCUCUAAAUACUAGCAUGAGGCCACAAUUUUUUUUGAAGUCUACCGCAUCAACAGUGCUCAAUCAUCCAUGUAAGAUAGUAAUUAUUCUGUGAAUAUGAUUUUUUUUAAACCCAUUUUUGUUUUGUCUUCAAUAACACUUGUCUGUAUUCUUAGUCCUCUCACGUUAUGUCUUGUAUAGCCAAUAGUAUGAAGUCAACGUUUUCACAGUUCCUUCACUGAACCUUUUUUUAUACAAAUGUUGUCUUUGUUGUAAUCUCAAACAAUAUACUAUAUUGCUUGAAUUAAUA